AUGUGUCGUCGGUGUGGGAUGCAUGAGGAAACCAUCGAGCAUAUCCUCCUCCAUUGUACCUUUGCUCAUGCUGUUUGGUUCGAUUGCAACUUGAACUCUUUAACUGCGCCUAAUCCUAACUUUAAGCUAUUUCAAUUCUUGCUUAAUUGGAAAGGGCUCUCGUCUCAGAGCAAGAGGGUUUUCAAGGAAAUAACAACAAGGUGUUACUACGUUCUUUGGUACCUGUGGGCUUCUAGGAACGAUUUGCUCUUUAAUGGAAAAGUUUGGUCAAGGGAGGAGGUGAUCCAGGCUGUCCAUAAAGCUUGUUCGACGUUUUUGGAGGGCUGUAGCGCUUCUGAGUCUCAUAUUUCUUAUAGCGGGGUGGAUCCAGCUUUGGCGCAGGGUUCUUCAUUCCCUCCCCCUCCAAGCUCGUACAAACUUAAUUGCGAUGCUUCCUUUGAUCCAAGUUCAGAGCGAAGUGGAGUGGGGUUUCUUAUCCGUGAUCAUUUGGGCAGUUGUUGUAUUGCAGUCUCAAACCCGGUGACUUUUGGAGACAUCUUGGUGGGAGAGGCAACGGCAAUUAGGGAGGGGCUUCUAGAAGCCAUAUCUGAAGGAACACUCUCUGUUGUGGUUGAGGGCAACAACCUCUCUAUUAUCUCUUACCUCACUAAGCCUUUGAAAGCCCCUGACAUUAGGGUGCUACCAAUUCUGGAGGAUAUCAGGCAUAUUGCCUCUUAUUUGGAAAAUUGUAAUUUUUCUUAUAUUUCAAGGACUGUUAACUCCAUAGCAGAUUGCCUUGCCAAGAGGCAGUUCAAAAAUCCUAAUAAGAACCAACUGCAGGUGUAA